AUGGAGGAUGUCAAAUUGAAAUAUGAGGAUAUUAAGUUUGAGUUUAGAAAAACACUAUCUAUCAAUGAGACUCUUAAAACCCAACUUUGCUGUAAGAAGGGUAUAAUUAAGAAUUUGAAAGAGAAAAGAGAUGCUUUGUUAACUGAAAAGGAUCAAAUAAUCACUAAGCGUACCCAACUUCUAAAACAAGUUCAGGAGGAAACCUUUAAGGCAAUCAUUUCUAAAAAAGAAGAUUUGCACCAAGUACGGGCAUCCCGACUUGACCUCAAGCACCCUGAGGUUUCAGAAAAUGAGGAGGUGGAAGAUAUCUCCAGCAACGAUAAUGAGGAAGAUGAAGAAGAGGAAAUGGAGGAGAAUCUAAUAGUAAGUAGUAUCGAUACCUCAGUUGAACUGAUACUGUUGAGUAAUAAAAGGAGCACCACCACUGACGGCGGCCAUGAACAUAUUCAGAGGGACAAUAGUUUUUCAAUUGCUCAGCAAGCAGCGGUGGAGAAGGAUGAGGACGGCGAGGAGGCGGAGGAGGUGCUGGAAAAGUCAAAGGAAGAGACGGAGGAGGAAGAGGAGGAGGUGGUGGAAAAGAAAAAGGAACCACUCCUGAGAAGCGCGCAGAACGAAGCAGUGGACGAGGACGGCGAGGAGGCUGAGGUGGUGUUAGAAAAGUCAAAGGAAGAGCUGGAGGAGGAGGUGGUGGAAAAGAAAAGGGAAUUACUGCGGAGAAGUGCGCAGCAAGCAGCAGUGGAGGAGGAUAUGGACUGCAAGGAGGUUGAGGUGGUGCUAGGAAAGUCAAAGGAAGAGCCGAAGGAGGAGGUGGUGGAAAAGAAAAAGAAAGAUCUGGAGGAGAGCGAAAAGGUGGAGGUAAAGGCAGAGAAGAACGAAGAGAAUGGCCCUCGGCCUCACAGAUCCAAGACAAAAGGAGAGCACCAUCAUCUUUACCAUCAUCAUCACUAUCACCGUCUUUGCCAUCGUUAUCAUCAAAUAACCAUUAAUCAACAACAGCCAAGUGUUGGAAAUGAAAGAAGUAACAAGAAUUCAUCCCAAGAUCCAAGAAAAGAAUCAUUUCCAGCACCAGAAGAGCGAAUAUUCCACUAUAACCAGGUCAACAGAUAUCAAUAUGCACCCCUUCAUCGACCUGAUCCAUCAACUCCACCGGUACCGGAAUCUUACUACACCCAAUAUACCAGCAAUCCAAGAACUACACGGCGAGGUGAUGCAUCAACAUCACCCCCGAAACAAACACUACAGUCUAAAAAAAAUCCACUACCACUGCCACCACCGCGAAGAAGAAAAGAGAGGGAGGAGAGAAGAAUAAGUAGUCAAUCAAAAAAAGCCAAGAAAGGGGAAUCCGGCAGAUUUCGGUUCCAGUCUGUUACCCUUCCUAAUGCGGGUUUACAACCGCCACAACUACCGGCGCCUCCUUCAUCACCGGCACCACCACCGCUUGGGCCAUGCAAUUUGCAUAAAAAUACGAGACCAUCUUCACCGAUACCUCAAAAUCUGAAAAGUACGACUAAUCAGGGAACACCACCACCAACGAUGACAAAUACUUCACUGCGCAGGAGAGAGCAAAACACAGAUAGUUACCCAAAGAAAGUAAUUUAUGUGGAAACCGGCAAUCAAUCUCCAUUGAAUGGGAUAGCACAGCCUCCACCACCACUGCCAUUUCCGAACCGUGGGAUGAAAUUCGUUGCUCACGGGGAUCUUGUAAACAUCCAAAGCAGUUCAUCCGACUCUGUAGAUGAUCCACCAUCAACACCUUGUUACUAUUCAAGUUCUGAUAUUAAUAACAAGGCUAAGAUUAUGAUUCCCAGAUUUCACAUCGGCAGUGAUCCCUCAUCAUCAUCAUCAUCAUCAUCGACAACAAACUCUAAUUACGUGAACUACGAAACCAGUUCCUACCCACCACAUUCUCCCCCUGAGUUUUACACCAUGCAUCCAGUUUUUCCACCAUCACGUAUUGCCGUAUGA